UCAGUGCAGCUCAGUCUAUGUACGCUCUCAACAUCUCCUUGCCAGCUGGCUUCUGAGUCUCUUGAUGAGCCCGUGGCUUCUGAGUCUCCUGCCCGCAGUUUCAGCAUCUCCAGACCUGCCUGUGGUCUGCUGUUCCUGCUCCCAGGGCCGCUCCCGUUCCUGCUCCCAGGGUUGUUCCUGUUCCUGCUCCCAGGAUUAUUCCUGUUCCUGCUCCCAGGGCCGCUCCAGCUCAGCCUCCUGUAUCAUCUGCUGUCCUGUCUCAGAAAAAAAGAUGUUUCAGGAUGAGAUGCUUUCUAUUUUGGAUGGCUGUCACAAUCCUAGUUAGAAGAGUGCAGCAUCCAGUUUCCCCGGCAGCUGUGGCAGCACCUGGUGGUAAUGCCACCCUGGAGUGCUCUUUCUCUACCAGCAAAAACCUCAAUCUAACCAACCUCAUCAUUAACUGGCAGCACGGAGAGACGGUGGUCCACAGCUUCUAUCUUGGCCAAGACCAGCUAGACAGGCAGGGGCAGGCUUACAAAGGGCGGACACAUCUGUUUAAGGACGAGUUACUGGAAGGAAAUGCAUCACUGAGGUUAAUCAGGAUGCAGCCGGAUGAUGAGGGAGAGUACUCCUGCUACGUCAACAAUGAGCAAGAUAGUACAACCAGAAGGCUAAAGGUCAUAUUGGCUGCACUCUUUGAUGAGCCCCUCCUGUCUUUGCAGCCUACAUGUGACAGCAUCAAUAUCACCGCCACCUUGUCCAAUGGUUUUCCCCAGCCUGAAAUCAGAUGGUUUGACUCCUCUGGUAGAGACAUAUUGCAGACCUCCACUAUUCAGCUGGACACCAGGGGGCGCUAUAAGGUGUCUAGCACCAUCAGCUCCAGGCAAAAUGCCAUAGAGACAAUCACCAUGGAAAUGAAGUUAGAAGUUCUGAAUCAGAGCUUCACUCGUUCGCUGCUCUUGCAUCCCCCUCCAGACCCUUGCCAAGAAUGCUGUUCAACGCCCUUCACUUCACGGAAUAGGACGGCCAUGGCAACAGUGGUUACUCUCUUUGUUACUUUUAUUUUAAUUUUGAUGUUUGCUGUAAAGAAAUGGAAAGCAUCUCAUGGCCAACAAGAGCAUGAACAGGCUAUGUGACUAACCUUUUCCCAGAUUAAAUGCAAAACAACACGUUAUGUAUCAGUAUCUAAUCUUAUAAUCUCUGUACUCUCUUAUCAAGAGUACAAUCCUGUUGCACCGUUAUCUUUGAUCAUGCCACCAUAUCUAUGGCACUUAUUUUUCCCACCAAAAUUUGUAAAGUGCUUAUUCAAAGCCCUAAUCAAGUAGGUGGCCUUGCAUCUCCAAACAUCCUGUUUUAUUACUGGGUGGCAAAUAUGCGUAGCAUUUUAUUUUAUUGUGAAGGCCACUAUGGGUUAAGUGACUGGGUUCCUGCAUGGACAGUGGUGGAGAUUGAUGCUGCAAUAUCUUUUUGAUGAUGGGUGACUGGGGUCCUCUCUGUGUGGAGUUUGCAUGUUCUCCCUGUGUCUGCGUGGGUUUUCUCCGGUUUCCUCCCACAGUCUAAAGACAUGCAGUCAGGCCAAUUGGAUAUACUAAAUUGCC